AGAGGCCGUGGUGUCUGCUCGCCCACCUCAUGGGUCUGCAGCCGCGUUUUGGUGCGUUGCUUCGGGAGGAGUCCCCUGCCCGGUCUUGGUUUGGGGUGCUUCUGGCCGGGCUCGGCCUGGGCGCAGGAUGCAGUAUGAGUAACUCUCAUCUCCACACAGUGUCUGUAGAAGCGGCCACUCUGGGAUCCCAGAUGAACGACCGGACGGAAGACAUGGAAAUCACGUCGCACUACCGACAGCUGCUGCGGGAGCUGGACGAGCAGAGGCGGCACGGGGUGCUGUGCGACGUGAGCGUGGUGGUGGAGGGCCGGGUCUUCAAGGCCCACAAGAACGUGCUGCUGGGCAGUAGCCGCUACUUCAAGACGCUGUACUGCCAGGUGCAGAAGGCAUCCGACCAGGCCACGGUCACGCACCUGGACAUCGUCACUGCUCAGGGCUUCAAGGCCAUCAUCGACUUCAUGUACUCGGCCCACCUGGCACUGACCAGCAGGAACGUCAUCGAGGUGAUGUCUGCAGCCAGCUUUCUGCAGAUGACCGACAUUGUGCAGGCCUGCCAUGACUUCAUCAAGGCCGCCCUGGACAUCAGUAUCAAGCCAGACGCCUCGGACGAGCUCUCGGAGUUCGAGCUCGGCGGCCCAGCGGGUGGCGGCGCAGACGCGCUCAUCUCAGCCGUGAUGGCCGGCAGGAGCAUCUCCCCGUGGCUGGCUAGGCGCACCAGCCCCACCAACUCCUCCGGGGACUCGGCCAUCGCCAGCUGCCACGAGGGGGGCAGCAACUAUGGGAAGGACGACACGGAGCCCAAGGCCGAGGGCCCCGGCGAGGUCUCCCCACGGCCGCUGUGGCCCGGUGACCUGGGCUACGGGGCCCUGCGGGUCAAGGAGGAGCAGGCCUCGCCGCCCCACUACGCAGGGGGUGAGCUGCCCCCCCCCAGUGACGGCCUGGCCCAGAGCACCUUCCCAGAGCCGGCCCCCGGGGACGGGUGGCAGCCCACAGGCCGGAGGAAGAAUCGGAAAAACAAGGAGACCGUGCGGCACAUCACCCCGCAGGCCGACGAGGACAGCCGGGCCGGCUCCCCGCUGCCCCCCUUCCUCCCCGCGGCCGCGUGGCCCUUCGGCGGCGGAGACCCCAAUGCCGACCUGACUGCCCCUGAAGCCAGCAGCUCCGCCGGCCGCGGGGAGAGGGUCGAGCUCUUCGCCCACGUGGACGAGGGUCUCCUGGGAGGCGAGGCCAGCUACCUGGGCCAGACGCUGGCCCCGGAGAAGGACGAGGCGCUGCACCAGGCCUCCGCCGUGGCCAGCCUGCGGGCGGCGCUCAUGAGCAAGAACAGCCUGCUGUCACUGAAGGCGGACGCGCUGGGGGAGGAUAGCCCCCUGCUGCUGGAGUACCUGCCCAAGGGCGCCCACUCGCUGUCCCUGAACGAGUUCACGGUCAUCAGGAAGAAGUUCAAGUGCCCCUACUGCAGCUUCUCGGCCAUGCACCAGUGCAUCCUCAAGCGGCACAUGCGCUCGCACACGGGCGAGCGGCCCUACCCCUGCGAGAUCUGCGGGAAGAAGUUCACGCGGCGCGAGCACAUGAAGCGGCACACGCUGGUCCACAGCAAGGACAAGAAGUAUGUGUGCAAGCUGUGCAGCCGGGUGUUCAUGUCGGCGGCCAGCGUGGGCAUCCGGCACGGCUCACGGCGGCACGGGGUGUGUGCUGACUGCACGGGCCGGGGCGCGGCAGGACCCCUGGACAGUGGGGGCGCCGAGGGCUCCCCUGAGCUCUUCGCGGGUGACGGGCCCUACCUGGAGGACCCCGAUGACCCACGCGGGGAGGGCGAGGAGGACCUGGGUGAGGAGGAGGAGGAGGACGGGACCAAGUGGAAGGAGGACGUGGGGCUGGCCCAGGAAGACGCACUGAUGGACGACAAGGAUGAGGAGGACUCCCCUGGGGGUGCCCACAGCCCCGCCGGGACCCCAGACAAGGACUUUGCCUGGAUCUCUUAGGGCCGUGUCCGCCGUACCCGCCCCUUGGGGUCCCUGCCCACCAGCAGGGCAGGCUGACCCCUCUCGCAGCCCCACCUCCGGGACCCCUUUACUGUGCGCCCUCCCUGACACACACUGGCUAGUGAGCACUGGGAGGGGCUGCCUUGGUGUCUGGGUCUGGUCUGAGCACCUGGCUCAGCCCUGCCCGUCUGCAGGGCGGUGCCCGAGGGCAGGGUGACCCUGUGGCCACGUCAGGCCACCUGGUCGGGUGCCCAGGGGUCCUGAGACCUCACUCCGGGGUGCUGACUGCCAGGGGAGCCGUGGCCGGCCAGAACUGAGGCCGCCCUCCCCGCCUGUCACUGCCUGCCCCACACCCUGGUGGCCAGCAGAGCCCAGGUGCCCGUCCUAAAGGCCUGCCACCCCUGGUGCUUCCACCCCGCUGCAGAGGCCCUGCCAGGGCCAGGUGCUACCUGUCAGGGGCCAGCGGCUGCCCCCCAGGCCCACGCCACCUCAGGCUGGCUCUCUGCUGGGUGCACUUCCUCCGGCACCCGGGCCGCCUCGUGCUGCUAACGCUGGGCCCGUUACCUGCUGCUCCCCGCCCCCCGGCCACCCGUGUCCUCAGCGGUCCGAGGCCCGAGUUCACUGGUGCGACGGUGCACCUGGAGGGACGUCCUGUCAUGGCCGACCUCCCCCCUGGCUGAGCCGAGUCAGGGCGACACUGCCCACCUGUUGAUGGUGCCCUCCCGGGCCAGGGAAGGGAAGCCCGCAGCCGGCUGUGUGAGCGGGGCCCCCCGCGGCCCGUGCCCAUGAGCCUGCUCCCACACGGGCGGCCUGGGGCCUGGCAGGAGGCCCCACGUCCACUUUAAAGAAAGCCACGUGUGCGGUGUGAGGCGCGGCGUCCGGACAGCACCGCCCUGGUUCGUGCUGACCCCCCGCCGCUGGGCUCUGGGAGGUGGGCCACGCGCUGGACACGCUCGCCCGGCUCUGGCCAGUGAGGACCCCGGUCCCUGCCCCCCCCCCAGCCCUUUUCUAAACAGACUUUGGUAGACGCGCUGCUGACCGGACCUCUGCUCCCGGGCCUCCGGCUUGGAGCUCGCGCCUCUCAGGCCGUCCUGCCCGCGCCCGGGCGUCUCGCUGUCUCCGACCCCCGGCUCCUCCCCACUCCAGGCCACCCAGGUUAACCUUUUGGGGGUCGCUGUUAGUGCCACAGGGGCGUCUCUUCCUCAAGCCGGCCUGCGCGGGGGCCGCGUCCCGCCCGCGCCCUCCGCUGCGCCACCUCGCCCGCCCUGGGGUCCGGCUGGGGGCCUCGCACCACGGCUGGGCCUGCGGGGGCGCGGUGAACGGAGGGCUUUUUUAUGUGACUGAUUUUUUUUUAAAUCGAUGCUUAAUAAAUAUUUUUUUACGAAGAGGAAAGUGUAGAUUACCUGUCACAUUUUGUACUGUUGCGUGUCUGCAUCUUGGCGUCUGUAGCCCGAAGCGGAGGGGACGUCCCGGGGUCCUCCCGGCGGUGGCCUGCGCGCCGGGGCCUGUCGUCCCCGCUGGGCUCCGGGAGGUGACUCGGGACCCUGCUGCUCCCCAACUUUGUACACCUUCGUUUUUAAAAAGAAAACCGAGAAACUGGAACUCUGCUGUCGGGGAAGGCGGCACCUCGCAGCCCCGCGGCACCGGCUCGCCAGGGAAGCCGCCUCCGCGCCGCCGCCUGCUGCUGGUGGGGUGCUCCGCGUGCUUCCCUCGCUUAUUUAUUUUCUCAACAGGCUUUCAAGCUGUCGGCAGACGAGGCAGUGUCCGAGACUGUGG